AUGGCAAUUGACCCAGAGAAAGAAGGGUUCUUGAGGGAGUUUGGUGAAGAUUAUGGCUAUCCAAAUGCACCCAAAAACAUUGAUGAGCUCAGAGCCACCGAUUUUAGACGCUUGGAUGAUGUUGCGUACUUGGAUCAUGCUGGAGCAACUCUGUAUUCUGAGUCACAAAUGGAAGCCAUUUUCAAGGAUUUUAAUUCGACUAUAUAUGGAAAUCCCCAUAGCCAAAGCGACUGCAGUGUGACAACAAGUAAUAUUGUUGACGAAGCUCGUAGACAGGUCCUUAAUUUCUUUAAUGCAUCUCCUAGAGAAUAUAAAUGCAUAUUUACCUCUGGGGCUACAGCUGCAUUGAAACUUGUUGGAGAGACCUUUCCAUGGAGUAGUCAGAGUACUUUUAUGUAUACCAUGGAGAAUCACAACAGUGUCCUUGGAAUCAGAGAAUAUGCACUCAAUGGAGGAGCUGCAGCUUUCUCAGUGGAUGUUGAGGAGGUUUUAGAUCUUGAUCAACCCGACAGUGGUAAAUUGGCAAUUAGGAUUAUUCCACACCAAGAGCAGAGGAGAAGCAAACCCAGAUUCCUUAUAAAAGAGGCCACUGGUGAUACAUACAACUUAUUUGCAUUUCCCUCAGAAUGCAACUUUUCAGGUCUGAAGUUUAAUCUUGACCUGGUAAAUUUCAUGAAGGAAGAUUCGUAUGAAAUGUUUGAGUCCUCUCCACAUCACAGAGGGAACUGGAUGGUUCUUAUUGAUGCUGCAAAAGGAAGUACAACAGCACCACCAGAUUUGUCUAAAUACAAGGCAGACUUUGUUGUGGUGUCAUUUUAUAAGCUAUUUGGUUACCCAACUGGACUUGGAGCUCUUAUUGUCCGAAAUGAAGCUGCCAAGUUAAUGACGAAGACCUAUUUUAGUGGAGGGACAGUAGCUGCAUCAAUUGCAGACGUUGACUUUUUCAAGAGAAGAGAGGCCGUUGAGGAAUAUUUUGAGGAUGGAACCAUAUCAUUCCUGAGUAUAGCAUCACUUCACCAUGGAUUCAAAAUCCUCAAUGCAUUAACCAUGCCUGCAAUAUCUCGGCACACAUCAUCACUUGCUACUUAUGUGAGGAACAAGCUCUUGGAUCUGAGGCAUGCAAAUGGCCAUCAUGUUUGCACACUUUAUGGCUUAAGAAAUCCAGAGGUAUUAUGCAAUCAAAUGGGUCCUAUAGUUUCAUUUAACUUGAGAAGGCCAGACGGUUCCUGGUUUGGCUAUCGGGAGGUGGAAAAACUAGCAUCCUUAUCGGGUGUUCAAUUACGGACAGGAUGCUUUUGUAAUCCUGGUGCAUGUGCAAAAUACCUUGGUUUAUCUCAUUUGGAUCUUCUCUCCAAUGUUGAGGCAGGUCAUGUUUGCUGGGAUGAUCGUGAUAUAAUGAACGGAAAACCAACUGGAGCUGUUAGAGUGUCAUUCGGUUACAUGUCAACAUUUGGAGAUGCAAGGAAAUUUUUGAGGUUUAUUGAGAAUGGAUUUGUGGUGUUGCCACCUGUAGCAAGGGCUAUCCAUCCUGUAACUGAAGGUGCUGAUAGAGCUAUUGCGAGAUACUUUCUUAAAUCUAUUACUAUUUAUCCAAUAAAAUCAUGUGCAGGAUUCAGUGUGGAGAGUUGGCCUCUUUCUCGUACUGGAUUGCUACAUGAUAGAGAAUGGCUUCUCAAGAGCUUAGAUGGGGAAAUUCUUACUCAAAAGAAGGUUCCGGAUAUGUGCUAUAUUACUACAUUGAUUGAUCUCAAUUUGGAAAUACUGUUUGUGGAGUCACCCCGUUGCAAAGAGAAACUGCAGAUUAAACUUAAAUCAGAUCCCACGAUAUCUGGAAAAGAGGAGAUGGAAUUACAUUCUCAAAGAUAUGAAGUCCAGGCAUCCAGUGAUGAAGUCGACGAUUGGUUUAGCAAAGCUGUUGGUCGGCAUUGUACUCUUAUAAGGAAUACUGGUUCAUGGUCUCAUUCGUGCCCUAUUAGGAACAAGAGUCCAGGGAUCUGCAGAGAUUUGGCCACUCGUUUAAAUUUUGUGAAUGAGGCUCAGUUUUUGUUGAUAUCUGAGGAAAGUGUUGCUGAUCUGAACACCAGAUUGAGAUCUAAAUUGCAGAAUGGCUCCCAUGAACCUCCUACUGAAGUCACUCCAAUGAUAUUUCGCCCUAACCUUGUAAUGUCUGGUGGGAAGCCUUACAUAGAAGACGGGUGGAGAAAUCUGAAAAUUGGAGACAAAUAUUUCAGUUCAUUGGGUGGUUGCAAUCGCUGCCAGAUGAUCAACAUGAACUCUAACUCUGGGGUGGUGCAUAGAUCAAACGAACCAUUAGCUACUUUAGCAUCUUACAGAAGAGUGAAGGGGAAAAUAUGUUUCGGCAUACUAUUAAGAUACGAGGAUAGUACUGAACACGGUGCAUGGCUUCAUGUGGGACAAGAAAUAUAUGGAAAUGUCGAUUAG